AUGACCGUGGACACCGGCGUCUCAACCCACUUCCUGGACACCAACCUCCUGCCGGACAUCACCCAGAACAUGACCGAGUACACAAAGAUCGACCCCCCCCUCAUCAUCGACGUCCCCGGCAAAGGGCAGCCCCACAGCUCCGCCAUGGGGGCUCUCAAGGUCACCGUCUCCGAUCGUCAAGGCACCCCCCGCGCAAUCCGCCUUCCUUUCUUCUGCGUCCCCGACCUGGGGCGUCACCUGUUUUCCGGAGGGACAGCGAUGAAGCACGGGGUGGGUGUUCUGUUUACGCCAAAGUCGCCUUGCCUGGACAUGGGAUCGUUUCAAAUUCCUGUUCAACCAGAUGCAAACUGCGACACGCUUUUCCACUUCGACCUGGCCAUCACCGCCGACAGCGUGGCUACGCAGCACGCCUUUGUGACGAUCUCUGGCGCGGACUUGCCGCGCAAACGUAGCGAUCGUCAAGCUUCUUCUGGCAUACUACCUUCGCAGUUAAAUCCGCCCAAGACCCCCGCCAACAUCUGGCACAAAGGACUGGGACAUCCAAGUGUACAAGUGCUGGAAAAAUUAGCUCGCGCGGACGGCAGCGAGGUUCAUCUCCACGACUCUUUCUCGGCAUGUGACACUUGCCACGUCAACAAGUGCGUGCAGAAUAAUCACCCCAAGACUGUCAUAAGCGAUAACAUCACGCAGCCUCUUCAAGUCGUCAGCACCGACCUCAUCGGUCCUAUUUCGCUUCCUGCACUCGGAGGCUACAGCUACAUAUCGAAGUUUAACGACUACAUCACACGGCUCAACGCCGUCUACUUUAUCGCGUACAAGGACGAAGCGCUUUUGCCUUUCGUGAAUUUUACGCAAGAUGUGGCUAUUCCGUCGGGUCUUCGUAUUCAGCGUCUUCAUUCGGACAACCGCAAGGAGUACGUGAACAGCGCCUUCCGCAACUACUGCAAGACCACUGGCGCUGUGCAGACCUUCACUUCGCCCCACACGCCGCAGCAAAACGGCAUCUCGGAGCGCGACGGACGGACUAUUCUCAACAUGACGCGCUGCAUUUUAAAUGAGGCGCGCCUCCCAAAAAUUUUAUGGGGGGAGAUCGCUGCAACUUCGGUCUUCUUGAUAAAUCGUCUACCGCACAAGGCCCUGCAAGGGGACACGCCGUACUACCGCAUGUUCGGCAAACAAGCCGAGCUUUCCUUUCUGCGCAUCAUCGGAUGUCGGGCUUUCGUCCACGUUGAGGGACACACCAACAAGCUACAGCCCAAGGCGUGGGAAGGAAUUCUCGUGGGCUACAAUAGCGACAGUCCUUCAUUUCAAGUGUACAACCGAGAAACAAGACGCAUCACGAGCUCCCGCAACGUCACGUUCAUCGAGGAGCCACCCGCUGUGAUUCCUACAGUCGACGCUUCAGAUGAGUCUGUUUCUGAUUUCGAAGACAAAACGGCAUCGCCGGACGAGUACAUCAUCAACAAGGGUAUUUCGCUUUUGGAGCAAACGGACACCGAAUCAACGGGCACCAGCUCAAGCAACACCAACAGCAGCCGCAGCAGCCCCGCCGCCCAAGAUCCGCGAGCGGGCAAGAUCAGUUCUCGGCUGCGCUCAUCAACUCCGAAUGACCUCCCGCAGCCUGACUACAUCAACCCUCGGCAAGCACGAGCUCUGCAGCAACUUAAUCUGGCAACUAUCGACUCGACACAAGACACCCUGGACUCCUACACCGAGUAUAUUGGAGCCGUCGACAUCGACAGUGUUCUUCCGCCAGCAGCAGUCGACGUGCCCAACACGUACAUGCAAGCCAUGGUCUCACCUCAAGCAACCCAAUGGGAGAAGGCCAUGCGCAAGGAGCUCGACAGCCUCAACGAUCACGCAGUCGCCGACCUCAUCCCCUUCUCCUCUGUUCUCGCCGGCUACAGCAUCAUCGGCACGCGCUGGGUCUACAGGGUCAAAACGGACGGCAGGUUUAAGGCAAGAGUUGUCGUUCAGGGAUGGGCACAGCAGCACGGAGUUGACUGCUUGACGACCUUCGUGCCUGUGUGCCGUAUAGGCAGCCAGCGCCUACUCCUGGCUAUAGCGGCGAGGCGCAUGUCUAGCCCGCGGGAGGGUCAUCUCGCCAACAUCAAAAGCAUUUUUCGAUACCUCCGCAAGAGGCCAAAUCUAUCUCUGGUCUACCGCAAGGACAGCCGCUUCGAACUUCCCUGCUAUUCGGACGCCAGCUACGCUUCGACUAAGGACUACAAGAGCGUCACUGGAUCCAUGGUCUUUCUCGCUGGAGAUCUCAUCUACUUCAGUUCCAGAGUACAAAGGAUCGUCGCUCAAAGCAGCAGCGAGGGAGAAUUCUUCACCAUCAACUCGACAGCGAAACAUGGAGUUUACUUCUCUUCGCUCAUGGGAGAGCUAGGAUGGAGCCAGCUACUCAAGUUCAAGCUACUCACCGACACCCGGAGCGCCCUCUCUCUUUUUUCCAAUGGAACUUUCUCGAACCGCUCGAGGCACAUCAGUGUUCGCUAUGAAGCACUCCGCGGCUGGGUCUCCUCCUCAAGAAUUGCCCUGGACCACGUUCCUUCUUCCCACAUGUUAAGCGACAUCCUGACGAAAAGCCUCGUCAAGGAGCUCCAGGACUGCAUCAUCCGCCAAGUGUCGCUGUUCAUCUAG